AGGCACAUUUUUAAAAGUUUGAAAAAGUGCCGCAGACGCCCUCGAGUGCCAGGGAGGGACAGGGCCUCGUCCCAUGAGCUGCCUGUCCCCGCAGUGUCUGACUUCUUGGAGGAGUUCCCUGGUGAAGGUCGUGAGUGUGUCAACUGCGGGGCCCUGUCCACACCGCUCUGGCGCCGGGAUGGCACCGGCCACUACCUGUGCAAUGCCUGCGGCCUCUACCACAAGAUGAACGGGGUCAACCGGCCGCUGGUGCGGCCCCAGAAGCGCCUGUCCUCGACCCGCCGUGCCGGCCUCUGCUGCACCAACUGCCACACGACCACCACCACGCUGUGGCGGCGCAACGCAGAUGGCGAGCCCGUGUGCAAUGCCUGCGGACUCUACACCAAGCUGCACGGGGUGCCCCGGCCCCUGGCGAUGAAGAAGGAAAGCAUCCAGACUCGGAAAAGGAAGCCUAAGAAUGUUGCCAAGACCAAGGGCCCCUCAGGGUGCCCAGGGAACACCACAGCCUCCCAGCCGUCCUCCAUCCCCAUUCCUGAGAGCUCAGCGGCCACUGUGAAACCCAAGCCCAACCCGGCAUCCCCUACUUGCCCUGGGCCCUGCAUCACCUCCCAGGCCUCCAGCCAGGUGGACGACCCCCUGGCUCCCAGCCACUUGGAGUUCAAAUUCGAGGCUGAAGACUUCCCCCUCCCCUCCAUGGCCCUGGGCUCCCAAGCUGGACUGGGAGGGGCCCUGCGCCAGGAGACCUGGUGUGCACUGGCCUUCGCCUAGGUUCCCAGUCACCCACGAGACCCACCUCGUGGUUUGCGUCGCUCCAGCACAAGGGACAGCCCACUGGGCCACCCACCAGGAGAGACAGCAGCCAGCAGGAUCUUGAGGCACUGGGCCUGCAGCGGAGAGGCCUGGACAGAUGGCAGUCAGGCCCCGGAGUGGGGUGAAGGCCUUGGGGACAGAGGCCCGUGCCCCCCCCAGUAAGAGACCCCCAAAUGCUGCACGAGGCUUCACACCACUCUGACCAGGGGUGCCUACUGCCAACCUGAAUUCUGUUGUCAACACUUGCCACUGCCAUGUUUACAGGUGGCAGCUGCUGGGAAAACUCAACCUUUUGUUGUGAAGCCAGGAUCACAGACAGAAAGACACCUCUCCUCUAAGGCCAGGAAGACACCUC